CCAUCAUCAAAACCAUCAUCAAAACCACCAUCACCACCAUCAUCACCAUUAUCAAAACCAUCAUCAAUCAUCAUCAAAACCACCACCAUCAUCAUCAAAACCACCACCAUCAUCAUCAAAACCACCACCAUCAUCAUCAAAACCACCACCAUCAUCAUCAAAACCACCACCAUCAUCAUCAAAACCACCACCAUCAUCAUCAAAACCACCACCAUCAUCAUCAAAACCACCACCAUCAUCAUCAAAACCACCACCAUCAUCAUCAAAACCACCACCAUCAUCAUCAAAACCACCACCAUCAUCAUCAAAACCACCACCAUCAUCAUCAAAACCACCACCAUCAUCAUCAAAACCACCACCAUCAUCAUCAAAACCGUCAUGACCACCAUCAUCAUCACCAUCAU